ACGUUACCAGCCACCCAAUCAGACACCCAAAUCCCUGUAAAGUGUAACGUGGCUCUCCUUCCUCGGUUUGUUUCGUUUUUCUUUUCUUUGUUCCCAACUUCUUGCUGAUUUCUCUCUCUCUAUAUAUAUAAGUUUUCGCCGUUAAAAAAAAAAAAACAAUCCGAUCAACCAUCAACCAUGGCGUCUCUGCUCAUUCACUCGUCAAUUUCACCUCGCCCACAAUCCUCUUUCUCAAAACAGGACACUCUGUUUAACUUCAAGUAUCAGCAUAACCUACCCAACAGAAGAAGUAGAAGAUCACCCCGCAUUUCCAUUUCCGCUGUUGCCGAACAAGCUACCGAAUCCGACCCGUCUCCGUCUUCGGUUCCCGGGUUCGAUUUCCUGACGGGGGAUAAAGUCAAGUUGUUGAAGUUUAAAUUGCUGAGUGCUGUUUCCGGGCUUAAUAGAGGACUUGUUGCAAGCGAAGAAGAUUUGCAGAAGGCAGAUUCUGCAGCUAAAGAGAUAGAAGCUGCUGGAGGACUCGUUGAUCUUUCAGCGGAUAUUGAAAAACUUCAAGGAAGAUGGAAACUGAUUUAUAGCAGCGCGUUUUCGUCUCGUACGCUUGGUGGCAGCCGUCCUGGCCCGCCAAUCGGAAGGCUACUUCCUAUAACUCUUGGCCAGGUGUUUCAACGUAUUGAUAUCUUGAGCAAAGAUUUCGAUAACAUAGUGGAGCUUGAGCUUGGCGCGCCAUGGCCUCUUCAACCGAUAGAAGUGACCGCUACUUUAGCCCAUAAAUUUGAAAUCGUUGGAACUUCUACAAUCAAAAUUAUAUUUGAGAAAACAACAGUGAAGACAACAGGAAAUUUAUCACAACUGCCACCAUUGGAGAUACCUCAACUACCCGAACAAUUUAGGCCAUCAACUAACCGAGGGAGCGGUGAUUUUGAUGUUACUUACCUCGAUUCUGAUCUUCGGAUCACACGAGGAGAUAGAGGUGAGCUUAGAGUGUUUGUGAUCUCAUAAAAAAUGUAAUUUGAAUUUUGAAAUCACAUUUCUUCAUAUGUACAAUUAUACAAUAUGAUCUAAAGUUUCAUAAAUAAGAAUGCAAUAUAAAUUUGUUACAGAUUCAUUUCUGUAAAAGUUUAUCA